AUCAAAAACAGUUACAAAAUUAAAUAAAUACCGAAUCGGGUCAAUCGUAGACGCUUUUUACCAACACAAAACAAAUCAUGGACUAGUAGGGAUGAACAAAAACAAUGCAAAAUAAAGGAAGCAUGGCAUGAAACGUCACCUUGGUUGGCCCUUAGGCUUUAAGCUUGGUACUCCUAAUUGCCAACUAAUUGCUAAUUGGUCUAUUGGAAAUCGGAUUUGGUCACUAAUUUAGCAAAUUUGCAUUUUUCUACUUCUCUACCGCCAGCAAAUCUGUCCCUUCCAGCUGCCCAAAGGCUCAGUCACUAUCCUUGUUAAAGUCCCUUCCUUUCUUCUACUUUCUUCUCAUUCAUCUUUCUUUUUCUCUUGUUCUGAUUCUUCAAUUUGAUCAUGUCUCAUUCUGCAAUUGCCAAGGUCUCUGUUGCUGUCCCAGUUACAAAUGAUUCAUCUGUGAAAGGAUCUGCCUUUAAGACAUACAGUGUAAGCUUUGGCAGUAAAACAUGGGCUCCUGCCUAUACAUUGGACCUGAAAGCAAAGAACUUAAGACUGAGAAAGCAGUCAGUAUUAUGCAUGUCUGUGCAACAAGCUACUACACCCAAAAUUCCGGUUUCACCUCUAGAGUUUGAAGAUGCUAAAGAACCUCCUUUGCAUUUGUACAAGAACAAGGAGCCUUACACAGGAACCAUUGUUUCGGUUGAGAGGCUUGUGGGUCCUAAGGCUCCUGGGGAAACAUGCCAUAUUGUCAUUGAUCAUGGUGGCAAUGUUCCCUACUGGGAAGGACAGAGUUAUGGUAUCAUACCACCGGGUGAGAACCCGAAGAAACCUGGAAGUCCACACAAUGUCCGUCUCUAUUCCAUUGCCUCUACAAGGUAUGGAGACUAUUUUGACGGAAAGACUGCUACUUUAUGUGUUCGUCGAGCAGUAUAUUAUGAUCCCGAAACAGGUAAAGAAGACCCAGCAAAGAAGGGUGUAUGCAGCAAUUUCCUUUGCGAUUCCAAGCCUGGAGACAAGGUCCAGAUAACUGGUCCUUCUGGCAAGGUUAUGCUAUUACCGGAGGACCCAAAUGCUACCCACAUAAUGAUUGCUACUGGAACUGGUGUGGCUCCAUUUAGAGGUUACCUUCGUCGUAUGUUCAUGGAGGAUGUUCCCACAUUUAAGUUCAAAGGCCUUAGCUGGCUAUUCCUUGGUGUGGCCAAUACCGACAGUCUCCUAUACGAUGAUGAAUUCACCAAAUAUCUAAAAGACUACCCUGAAAACUUCCGUUAUGACACUGCUCUUAGCCGAGAACAACAGAACAAAAAGGGCGGAAAGAUGUACGUUCAAGAUAAGAUCGAAGAGUACAGCGAUGAAAUAUUUAAGAUGCUCGACAAUGGAGCACAUAUUUACUUCUGUGGGCUGAAAGGUAUGAUGCCCGGGAUUCAAGAUACCCUCAAGAGAGUCGCGGAGGAAAGGGGGGAGAGUUGGGAUGAAAAGCUUUCUCAGCUCAAGAAGAAUAAGCAAUGGCAUGUAGAGGUUUAUUGAUGGAGUUGUACUUUUUUAUUCUUUUGAGAUUUGAGAUGCUUCAAUGUAGAAAAGAAGAUUUGGUAAUGUUGAGUUAGCUUUUGGCCAUUGGCAUUAGGUUGAAUGGAUGUUACCUGGAAAAAGAGUGGGGAUUUUAACCCCCUUUUUAUUAUUAAUUCAAUAAAAACAUAUUAUGUUA